UUUCUUUUAUUUUAUCGUGUGUCGACGUGAUUAAUUAAGGCCGUAAAUGAAAUGCGGUAAAGAGGUAUUGUAAGGUACCUUUCUCGUAUAAUAUCGGGUGUAGUGCAAUCCACCAGCAGCAACAUAAACUACAUUCGAUGCUGUAUAAGUAACCAGUCAAGUAAGCGUAGCGAGGAAUAAGCAAGCAAGUACCACCACAUACACAGUCAUCGAAAGAUAAGAGUAGGUGAACUGGUGAACGGGCGUUGGCUUGACUUGUCUGUCUGGCUGCCAGUAAGCACCGGCGCUUCGACCCGACAGCACGGCGUACGCGCAACCCACGCGACUCGGUAAAAAAAAAUCUAGGCCGCUCUCAUGUGAUAGUUUACCAUUUCUCUCGCUUAUUAUGGAAAAAGUGUGCACAGUGGUCACCCACUGUAAUAAUUUCUGAUAUUUACCGUACUUUUCUUUGUGGAACACGAAGCUGAUAUGAUUGCAAAAAUCUGAAGUGCCAAAAACUUAAUUUACCACUUUUAUCUAUGUGGGCUACGUGAUAAGGUGUCAAGUGUGUUACCGUUUUUGGUUUUGUUUGUUUUCACGCAAAUCGCCGUUAGUAGCAGACGUUUCUUUCAAGUGUUCGUUUUAAGUUAGUUUUGGUGAAUGAGUCAACUAACAGGCGUCGGAAUUGUUAACUUUGUCAACGUGCUGCCCACCAUUUCUGAAGGCGUGACAAUGAGAGAAAAAAGGGGCGGCGCUAUGAGCAAAAUGCAAAAGCUCAGAAAGCGCCUCUCCCUUAGUUUCGGUAGAUUAUCAACAAAAGACGAGCCAGACGGUGACAGUAGCGAGUGUCGUGGGCGGCAGCAGAACGGCGGCGGGCGCGGCAAGCUGCCUUACAAUGGUUACUCGGAGGAGUGCCUGGACCGGCUCGAGCCCAACGGGAACAUACCGCACGACAAAGAACCGCACUAUGAAUGGAGCGGAGGCGGCGGCAACGGCGAGUAUCGUGUGAGAAGACAACUUUCUGUGUCUUCGGACUCGAAACUCUUAGACGAAGGUGCCAGGGAGGAGGCGAGGGUAGUCAUGAGGCCCAAGCGACCGCCCAGGCCUAAAUCUGAGGCCUUUUUAGGGCCUCACGACCACUCCAACCGACGCACCAAGCGGUUUAGUGCCUUUGGGGGUGACUCUCCCUUCGGAAAAUCCGAAGCUUACAUAAAACUCGAGCAACUCGGUGAGGGUUCCUACGCCACAGUGUAUAAAGGUUAUAGCAAUUUAACGCAGCAAGUGGUAGCACUGAAAGAGAUAAGGUUGCAAGAAGAAGAGGGGGCGCCGUUCACAGCCAUCCGCGAGGCGUCACUUCUCAAGGAGUUAAAGCACGCCAACAUCGUGACACUACACGACAUCGUGCACACCAGGGAAACGCUAACCUUCGUGUUUGAGUUUGUGGACACGGAUUUAUCACAAUACAUGGAGAGGCAUCCGGGUGGACUGAACCACCAUAACGUAAGGCUGUACAUGUUCCAGUUGCUGCGAGGUCUGUCCUACUGCCACAGGAGAAGAGUUUUACAUAGGGACGUCAAGCCUCAGAAUCUUUUAAUAAGUUCGCACGGUGAGCUGAAACUGGCUGACUUCGGUCUGGCGCGGGCCAAGUCCGUGCCGAGCCACACGUACUCGCACGAAGUCGUCACGCUGUGGUACAGACCACCCGAUGUGCUGCUGGGCAGUACAGAGUACUCGACGUCGCUGGACAUGUGGGGCGUCGGCUGCAUAUUCGUGGAGAUGCUGUGUGGCGUGCCCACCUUCCCCGGCGUACGAGACACGCACGACCAAUUAGAUAAAAUAUUUAAGGUGGUAGGCACCCCAACAGAAGAGAGCUGGUCCGGCGUGAGCCGGCUGCCGGGCCUCCGCGCGCACGUGUCCCGCUGGGGGCUGUCGCCGGCGCGCGCGCUGGGCGCCGCCUUCCCGCGGCUGCGCGAGGCGGCGCGCGACGCGGAGCGCCUGGCCGCCGCGCUGCUGCAGCCGGACCCCGCGCGCCGUCUGCCCGCGCACCGCGCUCUGCAUCACGCCUACUUCGCGUCGCUGCCGCCGCGGCUCAGGGAUCUGCCUGAUGAGGUGUCGAUAUUCACAGUGGAGGGCGUGAGCCUGCACCCCGAGACCCGGCACGCGACCAUCAAGUGAGCGGCCGCAGGACACUGCGCCUCCUCCGUAGUGACCUGCUCCACUCGCUCCGUCGGACCAACAUUUCGUGAUACUUCUCUCGUCUAGUUUAAUAACGUUCGAACGGGCAUCGAAUGCCGGCGACAGUAUUCAGUUGAUUUCAAAACCCCCAUUGUUGUUUGUUCGUCCGUUGAUUGCUUUGUCCUUUCUAUUAUUGUAUUAGUGCUUGUUAAGCUUCCAACGGAAUAUCCAUCCAUAUAAUUCAAUUAUUCUAUGGUGACAAGGUAAACUGAUAGGUAACGAGUGUAUGAUUAUAACUAUAAAUAUAUAAACAGAGCAGUGUGCCAUGUAUAUCUAUAAUUGAGAAGAGUAUGACGUAUUAUUUUAAAAGAUUUUUAUGCUGGAAAUAUAUGCUCAUAAUUUGGUAAAAAUUUUGAAGAUGUUUAUUUAUAUUUAUUAAGGAAUAAUUGUCGAUGAAGUUAACUCUAAUGCAGUCUUAUGAAAAUGUACGGUUUUAUCACCGAGCCCCUACUGUGAGUCUAAGAACUCGACACCAACGCGCCGAUAAACAUUAUUAGAUAUAAAUGCAUAGAAUACAUUGUUUGAAAUUAACGAUCUAGCUCGGAGCGAGUGUCGGUAGUUCAUAGUGGGGGCUCCAACACGAAUCUUGGCGUUUGUCUAAAUCUUAUGCACACAUUCCUUCCACGGUGCUCAAAUAGUAAAGUUAGUGGCGAGGUAGUGCGGGGCGCGCGGCGGGAGCGGCGCCGCGCAGUGAUACGAUGUGAAUUGAACGGAGAUAAUCUAUUACCAAAAUUAUUUUAUGUCUUCGCAGAUCUCAAAUAAUCAAGUGUGGGACCGUCCUACUGUAAAUUGUAACGUGAUAGGAAAUUCGACGAUUUAUAAUAACUAUAGUAAUCAUUGUUCUGAGCGAGGCGAGGUAGAGUAGAUGGGAGCUAGUUCCCGUCUAGACUAAAGACUAGUGAAAUUAACCAGUUUAGUGAAUUAUAGUGGUCCCCACUACGUAAGGUUAGGAGCGCAGUCUAAGUAACGUAGUACCGGCGCAUUGGCAACUUGACAGUUAAUUAGAUGUAAUGCGAUGCCCUCAGUGUGUUGUAGUCAGCGAGACGGCGAGACAGCGACUCGAGCGAGCCAUCCGCGAUUACGAUACGUUAGCCCAACACGAACGUGAACGGAAAUUGUGCCAACAAUUAAAUUAAACGCUUCAUAGUGAACCGGGUUAUCGAGACAAGACUCUAGGAUUGCAUUAACGAUCGUUUUGUACGUAGUCUUAAUAUAAUGCUAGUCUAGUAACUGAGUAAAUCAUUCGUGUAUAUAGUACCGCCUGGUAACGAAUAGCAAUAAAAAUCAAUUAAUGUUACCUACGGCUAAGACUAAGUGAAUAAAUAAGCCUUAAUAAUUGAAUUGCACUUAACGCACUGCCAAUAAACAAGACAAAUCGAUAAUAAGUAAUAUAAUAGAAUCGAGUUGUCAGUGUGCGCGGAUAUAAAGAUAACACUAGUGAGCAUAGAUCAACUUAGUGUAGUCCCUAUUACAGAGCUUUAGAGACGUUUACACUGAGUGCCGGGGGCGGGCACUUACCCGGAUUACACCGAAUUACCAAAUUGAGCACAAAAAUAUUAAAAAGGUUACGUCACAAAUUGGAGAGUCGCCUCCGGCACUGUCGAGUAGUUAAUACAUAAAUCGGUUCCGAACACCAAUAGUACGUAAAUUGUAUAGUAUGUGAAACGCAAUAUUUUCAGUGUAUAUGAUUUGUUGAGUUUUAUAUAUGUAAUUUUAGGAGGGCCGCGUUGUGAAGCUGGAACGCGACUAUUGUAUAACUCGACAUUCGUUCUACAAGAUCUGUUAUCAGAUGAUAGCGGGUUGGUAAAGCAUUGAUUGAAUUGUUUGUUAAUGUUUGUUUGUUAAUGACUGCUAGACGUAUGUUGAUCGUGUUAUGAACAACCCGCUACCAUCCGACAAUUUUUAAUUCUUGAAAACGUUUCGAGAUCUUCAAAAAGUCACGUAUUUAUAAUAAAAAUGUUGGUGGAAUAUUUGGGUACAUUUAGUUACUAAUAUUAAAUGUAAACAAAUACUACUUGACAACCAUACAAACAUACUCAAGCGAAAGAGGUUAAGGAAAAAGACGCCAUUAUAAAUAGUGACGUUAGAAGUUGUAUGUACAGCACUUGUGAUUCAGCCACACUCGCGGCCCUAGUUAGUAAGGGAUGCAAGUAAAUAGUUCACCCGUUGAGUGAGGCACGCGUCUGUUACAUAAUCUACGAGAGAUUAAGCGAGCAUUUAUAUUGACAGUGGGAAUUUUAUUGUCUUUGUCACAACCGUCUGUAGUCUAUGCCUGUAUGGCAAAGAUAUUGACAUAAAAAAUAAUCAAAUGUAAAAAUCAAUGACGAUAGAAAUUAAUUAGUUUGAUAUACCUAGAUUAAUUUUAUUAGGUUAAAUAUAUAAAAGAAACUAGCUAAUUCGUUGUACAAUUAAUUGUUUAAAAAUAUCUAACGAAUAUCCUGAAUUUCAACACGGAACCAAAUCCCCAGAUUUUGAUAUUCAGAAAUAAAAACAACAAACUAAAUCCUCUCGUCUCCUAAAAGUGAGAUCGACAUCCAUCUCUUCCAUCGAUUAGUCGGAUUAAGUCGAGAGUGUGACUUCACAAAAGCUUAACGGCCAUAUUGAAUAAUCUUUUUAAUUUCACUCCGGCCGCUCCCCGCAGUCCGUACGGGCAUCGGGUUUCAAUGUGGAGUUUUAUUCGCCGUCCUAUCCGAUCCAUUAGGUGGCUAGACACCCUGUUAAAUGUUGAUGCGCUUUUAAUACCAUUCGAACUGAAAAUAAACUAGUUUUAGGCUGAGCGUUGACUGAUGGGGUAUAACGUCAGACAUACUCGAAUUCUGAAAGGCUGAUGAACAUAGUUUGUUAGCUGUCAAAGCUCUAGUCAAGUGCUGUGAUUGGAUGUCAGAAUUGAAUAACCAAUCAUAACAGUUGAACUUAGAUUUGAUUUUUCUUUGCUUUUCAGAAUACAUUUUUUUUUAUUAAGCCAGCGCAACCCGCUGUUGUUUAUAGACGGUUGUGACAAACAUAACAAUUUGCAUUUGUACGCUGAACUGACCGAGACCACGUUCGUUGCGAAGGAACGAAUUGUAUAUAGGUAUUAUUAAUGAAUCAGUUAGUUGUUACGGUUUCUUAGUUACGACAGUCCUAUACGAGUUGCCAUUGCCGAUUGUAUGAGUUCCGAAGUACACGGACGUAUGAGAUUUAUUUUAAUUUUAACUAUCAUAGGUUAUGUUCUAUUAACUAUGUUCUAUUAUUUACGUAUCAUGAAAUUGUCCCGCUACUGAAUUAGUUACGAUUUUUUUUUAAUAAUUUUGUAAUGUAUAAACAAUGUGCUUUUACUCGUUUAAAAGAAUGUAAAUACGAUAUUUGAACUGAUAAUAAUAAAAGUUUUUAUUUCUUAAUGAAA